UCAUGUCUGCGCACUGAUGUCCCAGUCCGCUCACAUUCAUCAUGUAUGUAACUGUACAGGGUGGGAGGCGGAAAUGCUGCUGAGGAGAAAAAUGUGUUGAAAUGAAGGGCAGGACUGUCUGCCAUCAGGCCUGAGCUCCACAUCUGUCCUCAGUCGCGAUGGAUUUCGUGCUGAGCGGCGCGGCUGCUUGCGGUGCGUGUCUGUUCACCAACCCGCUGGAAGUCGUCAAGACGCGGAUGCAGCUCCAGGGAGAGCUGCAGAGCCGGGGCACGUACCAGGUUUACUACCGGAACGUUUUCCACGCGUUUUACACCAUCGGUAAAGUGGACGGACUAGCCGGUCUGCAGAAAGGACUGGUACCCGGACUGGUCUAUCAGUUUUGUAUGAAUGGGGUCAGGCUGGGCUCGUACGCCAUCAUUGAGUCCUCUGGGUACAUUCACACUAAUGGAAGGGUCAGUGCGGUCAAAACCACGUUGGCCGGAGCCCUGGCCGGAGUGGUGGGAGCCGUGAUGGGCAGUCCCGUGUAUCUGGUGAAAACUCAUCUGCAGAGUCAGUCCACCUCCAGCAUUGCAGUUGGACACCAGUAUAAACACCAGGGGAUGGUCCAUGCUCUGGCUGCCAUCUACAAGGACCAUGGCAUUAUGGGAUUGUGGAGAGGCUCCAGUGCUGCUGUGCCAAGGGUCAGCGUGGGGUCUGCUACACAACUCUGCACUUUCUCCUCUUCCAAGGAGCUUGUGGUUGAUCUACAGUUGUUUCCAAAGGACAGCUGGCAGGUGGCUCUCAGUGCCGGUAUGAUCAGCAGUGUGGUGGUGGUGUUGGCCAUGACGCCUUUUGAUGUGGUGAGCACACGGCUCUACAACCAACCGGUCGACCAUCUGGGCAGGGGGCAGCUUUAUAAAGGAUUUGCUGACUGCUUUUCCAAAACAUUGAAGAAGGAGGGUGUGAUGGGACUCUACAAAGGAAUAGGAGCUUCGUAUUUCCGACUCGGCCCUCACACCAUUCUAUCACUGUUCUUCUGGGAUGAACUACGCAAGUUCUACCAACAGUUCAGAUAGCAUUUGGGAUUACGAGAUGGCAAAGUGGGUAACUCAUUAAGCUGUGAGUGUGAAGGUUAAUGAGGCUUCAUUUAAUGAGUACUUUCAUGAAGCUAAAGAAUAACCAGAAUAACGUUCUACUUUCCUCAAGGUAGAGAUUUCACACUCCAGUAGAAAAACAUGUUAGUCAGAAACGCAUCAGAACAGAAGAGUCUGAGAAUGUAACGAAUGUAUUUAGCAAAUCUAACGAACAGUACCAAGAGUUAUCUGGUCUAGUCCUAAUCUGGAUGUGCACAGAUAUGAUGAUAGCUCAUGUAGGUUUAAAUGACUGUAACAAACCUCAUGUACAGAAUAGAUGCAUCACUCCUAAACCUUGACAUUUUAUGCCAUUCCUUAAAAUGUGAAAUGUGUAACAUUUGAAGAAAGCAUCAAAUGCAUCAUGCAACGUUAGCUUUAGUUACUGAAUUGUGUCAAAGCAGUGACACAGAAAAUGUCAGAUGUAAUAAAGUGGAAGCUGCUUUAAGCUCCAUGGUAGCAGCUGUCACAGGUGAUGAUCACAGCAGUUAUGCUGAAGAGGACUAAUAUAACCAGUGGAUCUCCGGUGAUUUGGAAAUUAACCCCUUAUAUAUGUGUUUUAUGUAACACAUUCACACUGGGACAAGAAAAGUUAGUCUUUUUUUGUCCCCUUGUGAGUAAAUUGCUGUGAUGUCAGGGGCAGGUUCACCACUUUCACGUAACUGUUCAGACCGAUGCUGUCCUACAUGUCAUUCAUUUCAUCAUCUUUUGAGAUGUUACUUUUCUGAAGGAUUUACUCUUAGACUGAAUAUCCAUUUUUAGGUCAACAGCCAUGAGCUAUUGUGAAGGCGCCGUGCCCAGCAUCGUCUUUGCCGUCGUCUUUGUUCGCAGUGGUCGGAUUCAUUUCAAAUUUUAUAUGUAGCUUCCUUUGGACAAUGCUUUUAAAGUUUGUUCACAGACAAAUUUUAAUUUUGGAAUCUUUGAAAUAUAAAAGAUUUGCCUUGACUUAUAAUGGGCCAUAUUUUGAUGGUUUAUAACAUGGAAACAGUUAGAGAUAUCAGUAUAGUUACUAUUGAGCACUGAUAGGAAGUCCUAUAUGGACUAUAAUUUAAUUAGUUGAGUUAACGUCCGGUGAAAGUACCACCCACUUUUAUUGGGAGGUUGAUCUUCUGCACAGGACUCUAACAUAGUGGCAUGACCUGACAUCUACUUUAUAUUGUGACAUGAACCCUCAGAAUUUUCUCCAAAAACACUUAAAACUCCAAUUUAUCAUCACCAGCCCACUGUUUAUGAUCUUAAAACAGGAAAUAGGCCAAAUCAAUAGUCGGAGGAAACAAAAAUGCUGCUGAAUCACAUACGACUAAUAUUAUCACAGGAUCUCUGUUUUCGUGGGUCAUUUCCUAAGAAGUUUUUAUAGACAUUCUUAUAAUUCACGUGGAAGUAAGAUCACAGAUGAUCCCUGCAAUUAUUACAAAUUACCAGAGCUCCACAGGUAGUACUAGUCAUUUACAAAUGGUUUUAAUGGAUACUGUCUGCUCAUAUUUCCCAAAAAAACAAUUCGAGACAAAAGGUAACCAGGAUGUAAUUUCUGAGGAUACUGUCGCAAUUGUACCUUCAGGGUAACACAAGCUGGUAAAGUGAAAAUUAAGCUUUUUUGGGGCUGUGGUUCGGGAGCGUGUAUCUGAUCAAUGGCAGUUUUUGGAGAAAGACAAAACUGUCCAUAACCUUUUCUCUAAAUUGUGCUGAAACAGGAGAAAAUUCUAUUGUAGCUUGGGCUGUGUGUGUGCAAAGAAAGCUUAAACAAUCUUUGCUUUUUACAUUCUUAUGGUGUAUUAAACAAAGAAGAUCAUUUAUGACCUUUGCAAGUGUUUGUAAAGACAGUUAAUCUGCUUUGAUAUGAAGGUAAAAUGUAAGCUUGUUAUCAUUUUAAUGUGUGUUUACACUGGGUAAGAAGCAGCAAAAGGUGCUGACAAUUUAGUGUGAAGGCCAUUACUAUGACCUUUUAUUUUGAAGCCAAAGUGCCAACAUAUAUUAAUUACAAUAUGUUGUAUCUGCAUAAAGAAUAAUCUAUGUCUUUGUAGGUUGAAGAGGGAAAGUUACAUGAACCUUCCAUUUUAACAGCAAACCCAGUCAAUAAAUAGAAAAUCCACACAGCAGUUACAUGCCUAAUACCCAGAGACGGCAUGCUUGAUUAUUCAUUGUAUUCUACAUAAUCACUGAAAAGAAAAACCUCUUAACUGACCAAAGGAGGUUCUGUAAACAGAGAAGAAACCAGGGUGUAAUAAUUGUAAAAUCAGAUUUGGUGUUUUCUUCAUUAAGUGCAUAAUUCUCUACAAAGGCUGAAAACAACAGCUUUCAGUCUGACAACAUAUUCUCAAUGUACUUCAGCUAUAAGGGUGGAUAUUUGUCUACUUUGUUUUUAAGAAAACCCAGGAGAAAGACGCUGCUUGAGUUCAUUUUAUAUUUUGACAAUGAAAUCUUCAGUUUGGUCUUAUUUAUAGAAAAUACCCACUGUUAAAUUUUGCAUUUCUUACUCUUUUGACACUUUUAAUGAAAUGUUGCUCAAGUUACUGUGAAUGGUUUAUUAUUAUGUCAUUUAAAUGUUUUCAUGAUUUGUGAGGUUAGUAUUAAUAUUUCAUACAAUGACAAAUUAUCAUAAUCAGGUGAAUUAAAUGGUUUGUCAAAGCCUUCCUAAAAUACAUGGCCAGACUAUGCAAAGUGAAGUCUUAAAACAUUAACCUGACUUUAUUUGUUAAAGUAUUAAAGAAAAACACUAUAGUUUGUGCCAAAUUUUGUGCCAUUUGUUUAACCAUUUUCAGCUCAGGCAGGUAAAUGUCUGAUGCAAAAGCAGUUGGAACCAAAUUAUAAACUAGAACUUUGCCAAGUAUUUAAAACACAGACACUGGGACGGCAGUUACUAAUGCAACAGAACUGCACCUGACUGAAGCCAUUCUAUUUGAAGCAGUAAUGUACAUCUGUCAACAGUGACUACAGAAUAAAUAGUCAGCGGGUAGUUUUUAGAAUUUAGGUACUAGAAGUACAAAUAGAUGUCAAACACAUGCAAACAUUGAACAGUUUUGGAGGUUUUUUGGAGGAUGGUGCGGUUGCUCAGAUGUUUUUUUUUGUUUUUUUUCUGAUGACUUCUGUAUCACAAACCUCUUGAAAGCAGCCCCAGUUGCUGAACAGUUUGAGUUAAUAUUAGAAGAAGCAGAUGUCAUGGAAUGUUUCCUGUUGUUUUUGAGCCAGUGUUACUUUGCAAUUGAAAUAUAGAGCAAAUAAAUGACUUGUUACUGGAAAACAGUA